UUACGCGUUUUGUAUGGCGUCAGUAGAUGGAAAAAAAAACUUUGGCAGAGACACAAGAGAACUAUUUUUAGCCUGAACAAAGAGUGCGUGGUUAAAAACACCGCUUGACGAAUUUAACAUUGAAAGAAAAGUGUAAAUGGUUUGCAACAUUGAAUACUACCCCUGUAACAGACCGGAAGUUUGAUGUAACAAAUGCGGUACUUUAGACUGAAACAUUCUGUAACUGCGAAGAAAACAAUGGUUUAUGUAGUCGAAGAAACGACCAUGGCGAGGCCACAGACGGCAUCAUCUUACACUUUGAAAAUGGAAAUAACGAGGAACAUAAGUAGUGUACUUUGACGUUACCAUGUGUUAACCCUUAAUGGCCAUAGCGUUAAUGUAAACCCCUUUUAACAUUAGCGCGUAGCAGUCUCCAGUUCAAUAAGGCUGCUGGCUUCGUUACGUCUAAAGACCGUCUGGAAACAUUACGAGCCAUGUUGAACGGGUUUUAAGGAGUCAUGUAUCCCACAAGUAAAGAAAUGGAUGCACUUCACAGUGGGACCGGUGUCUUCUACCAGGCAAUGCCUGCUGUUGGAGCCGAUGGAAAGAAUAUCAUGAAAUUAAUUCCUGUACAAAUGGUCAAUGGAAAAUUUGUCCAAAAUCAAAUAAGUAAACCCGGAAUGGAUUCUACACCACAGAAAGUUGUAACCAUAAAUAUUUCCUCAGCUCCUAUUCAGAUGGUAAAAAAGGCAGCUUUGAAUCCUUCUGCCACUCAGCAAAUUGUCAGAAAAAAUGUUUCCUUCGUGAAUGCCUUGCCUAAUCAAGUAGAAUUGGACCUUGGUAAUUCACUGAACAAGCAUUCACCACAACAACAGACUGUAAAUUUAAUGGCUAAAGUACCUCCAAUUGCAACACCUGCAACAAAUUGUUGGAAGUCAGUAAGACUUCCAUGUCAGCUCCCAGUGACAGUGAAAUCUCCAGCACUCCCCGGAGGACAGUACCUUCAGAUUCCCCCUAAUGCACAAGUCCAAACAGUCCCAGCAUCUGAACUUCCUCCUGGUAUCAAGAGACAGAUUUUUACUUCAUCAGCCAACUCCUCUCCAGGUUCAGGCUUACCCAAUGUGGUCUAUGUGUCACCGGUCACAACCGUAAAUCAAGGCGUUACCCCACCAUGUGAUUCUGCACUUCACUCAGUCAAGCUGCUUUCUAAGACAUCAAAUAAAACUUCAUCUAGACCCCCAGCAAAAGGAUCAAAACCACUUUUAAAAUUGAUUCCUAAGGUUUCACAAAGGCUCAAUAGCCCUAUAAAGUGGGUGAUCGAAGAAGAGGACAGCUCAAUGGCUUCAACUCUGAAUCCUCCUAAUUCUCCUUUUGUUACUUCAGAAAUUCUUCGAGCUGUGGCAGAAAGAGAAAAUACUAGCAAGCACUGUGACGUCAUUAAAAAAAAAGUUUCUCAGUUGAGUGAGAGCAAAAGUGGACAAGGACUGGAAAACGCCUUGGUCAUGUGCAACGGGAAAGUUUUUUUCGUAGCCGAAAAAUGCAGCCUACCAUUUAAAAUGGGAAAAAGCAACUUGCUCACAGCAGCAACACAAAGUUACAAAUUCAAUAAAACCAUUGGACUUUCAACCCAACAAUCUCUCGAGUCAGUAGCAGCUCAAACAGGGCAGGACCUCAGAAUUAUUAUUCCAGAUGAAUCAGAUGAAGUGAUUGAUCUUUGUGACGAUGAUGCUCAGGAUGACUCGUCCCAACAAGCAGCGUCAGUUAAUAUGUCAGCAGUCUCUCCUCACGAUGACGACAAUGUAAUAUUUGUGGCAUAUAUUCCACCCAAAUCUGAGGCUGGGUCACCACACGAUUGGAUACUAAAAACACAAAUGGCACUUGAGAAGGAAACAGACCAGACAGGCACAAGAAGCUCAAACAGUGUGACAGAAGAAAAGAGCCUGGAAGGUAGAACUGGCAGUGAUGGUAGGGAUAAAGACUCCAAUCUUAGAGGAAGAAGACCUGGCCAGAGCAUUUUAGUUAGAACACUCAAAAAUGUCACAGAUGUUUGUGGUUCAGCAGUAGUGAACAUGCAUAAUAAUGAGGGCUUAAACAUGAAGACUCAGCAGAGCACCUCCAGCCAACAGGUGGAGAGAAUGGAAAUGGAUGUAGAAACAGAAAGUCCAGCAUAUCCCAGCACCUCUGACAGCAGCAGUGGAACAUACUCUCAGAAACAGGACACCCACAGAAUGGAGACCAUUCCAAACCCUGCACCAUGUUGGACAUCUUCACUGGCACCAAAACCCUGUCAAAUGGCAGACCAGUUGCUGAGGCAGGUAUUUGGGAUUACAGCUGAUGUGAAAAUUUGCCUGCCGAGGAUUGAUGAAGCCUCAGCUGGGUCUGUCCCUUGUUUGGAUAUGAACGCAAACACAAGGAGAAUAGGAAGGACAAGGAAACGCACUAUGUGCCCAUGUUGCAUCCCUGUGACUCUGGAGACUGCAGUGAAAUCCAGCGCAAGGUUAGAAGAGCCAGAGAACUGGGCAUGGUUGACAGAGCAGAUGCGUAAAAAAGGGGGACGAACAAGGGUUCCUAGAAAACAUGGGAAAACAUCUGGAAUCAGCUAACAGCCAAGAACAAGCAGAAAUGUAAGACUUAUGAGGUUCCAGCCAGUGAUAGUUUAACCACAAUAUCCAUGGACUCUAAAGAACUAAAAAGACACAAACAGAUCAAAACACUCAAAAGAGCUUCUGAAAGAGAAAGAGGCAACUUUAGAACUGAUGAGAAACAGUGUCAGCUGAGACAAGAAAUCCAACAUCUCAAACUCUGAUAUUCUAACGAAUAUCCUCACAUAUAAGUUUUGUUAUAAAGAUAAAAUUUGUUAUCUUUAGUAUAUAAUUUGUUAUUACUUCUGUUUGUUUUUGUUGGUCUAACAAGGACUAACACAAGUACCAUAAGUCACAAUGGGGUGGCCUCUAGUUUGAAGGCCACAAAGCUAGCAGUAAUGAAGUGAAAAAGUGAAGCCCCCACACACAAACACAUUCUUUUACUCUACAGCUUUCCACAGACCUGCAGAUUGUAUGUCUCUUACUAAACCGCUAUUUAUCUACCACAUUUUUACACACUAACACACUAAUAACACUAAAUCACUCCAAGCUCUUUAGCUAAGCCUUACUGAUACUGUCUUUGUCCAAUGUUUAAUACUGACACAUUGAAUUAUAACUGCAAACAAACAUCUGCGUUAUAGUUGUCAGGUCAUACUGUUCGGUUACUAAAAGUUAUUUCACACUUGCCAGCCAGUCAGAAUCAAGAAUUCUUAGUGGUCGUGGUAUGACUAAAAAUUACAUACUGGGUUGUCCUCCUACCAGUAUUAGGGCUACUGAUAUCAUGAACUUCAACACAGUUUAACAGAAGCUUAUCUAUCAAAUUUCACUUUUCCACUGAGAUCCAUCAGCACCCAGAUGUUUAACUAAUGUUUCCAGCAUUUCCAGCACCCACACUUUGUUCUCCUGUUCAGCCGUUUCGUUUGUUAUAGCAUGAAACUUUGCUGCGUGUCUAGUCCACAUGGAACUCAUGCAUUUUCUUCAGAAAAUGCUUUUUCAAGUAACCUCAGAAAUCUCUAUCGUCUCAGAGUAAGGAAAAAACGUCUUCUAUAAAAUAUUAGUAUCUCAUUUCAUUCAAAUAGUUUAAAAAUAUAUAUAUUAAAAAUGCACACAAAUCAAAUGUAUUAUUGAUUAUGUCUACAUGUCACAAAGGCAGCCAGGGAUGUGUUAUGUUAUUCAGUAGGACUGCAUGAAAUAUGAAAACAGUAUCAACAAGUGCUUAAACAAAUGUUUAAAAAAAAUCAAAGCACUAUUUCACUUAGUUUAUCAUUUCAUGCCCCGUAACAUAUUCCUUUAAUAUGUAUACAAGGAUUCAGAACAUAUAUGAUGACGAAGCCACUGUCUUAUGCCUUGUCUUAUGCUAUGCAGUUAAAAGCUCAACAAAAAAAAAGAGAAGUGGACCUUUAGUUAACAUUGUUAUGUCACACAUACUGAUCCUGAAGUCAACAAUGAAUGACCUACGAAUUUUCGGUAUGCUACAAGAGAAGUAUACAAAAUAAGUUGUUUCCCUCUCACUGACAUGCUUUAUGUGCUCAACUGGUGGUCUUUAACAAAAGCCGUUUCUAUACGCUAACAGAUUCUUUUUUUUUUUUUAACAUGAAUUGUUUAUGAUAUUUCGCUUAACACAUCAGGUUAAUGAAAGUGGGGUCAUGAUCAAUUGUGUCAUGAAAUCCUAAUGCAAUGUUUAGAUUUUAAUAGGUCACUUCUGCAAAUGAAUUCAGUGGUUGAAAUUACUCUCUUGUGAGUCGUAGAGAGCAGAAACGAUUGUACACGUGUUGGAUAGAGUUACAUUAUUAUUUGUCAUGUUUUAAGCAACGCAGACUAAGAAUGGCGAUAUUGUUGGGUCAGUAAGUCUGUCCAUCACUAAACACAUUCUUAAAAUGUAUAUAGUGCAUAUUAGUUGUCUCCGGAAC